AUCACGAGGAUUCCUUUGAUGAUGGAGGGCCACGGGCAUUCCUGCCCAAGUGCGGUCCAAUGGUGCUCCUGGAUUCAAACAGAGAGGCUCAUUGUUGGGCCAAACAGACACAAUUGAGCAUUGCCAGGUAAAGUCUCUGUCCACAUAUCUCAUUCAAUAUUUAUUACACAAUUGAAUUAUUGAAGUAAGGAAGGGGGUGAGUAAAUUGGAGGCAAAGAUUCAAUUUACUCGCCACCCCCAUGAUGGAAAAUUUGCAGCUAGGUCUAAAGAGAGGAUUUGGGUCUAAAGUUGCCCUUCUGGGGACACCCCAUCAAUCAACUGGAAAUACACGAAAAAGAAAGGCAAAGGUUGAAUCUUGACCGUCCGAUCUUCUUACACACAAACCCUGACAAUACACAACACAACACAGUCAUCCCAGCCCAUCAAUGUUGCUGAGUGGUUGCGGUAUGCAUUUGGGUUUCCAAGAUUGAAGCUUUUGGAGUUGAAGAAACAAGGGAGGAGCUGACGCAGAACAAAACAUGGGCUUACUGUUUCUUGCACUUCUCUUGAUGGUGGGUUCUACUGCUUCUGCUGAUGAAGAUGCUUUCAUUGGUGUAAAUGUCGGGACUGCACUAUCCGACAUGCCCGAUCCAACUCAAGUUGUUGCACUUCUCAAGGCUCAGCAGAUUCGGCACGUCAGGCUUUUUGAUACUGACCGAGCAAUGCUACAAGCUCUGGCGAAGACGGGAAUACAUGUCACUGUAUCUGUGCCGAAUGAUCAACUUCUAGGCAUUGGGCAGUCGAAUGCCACCGCAGCUAAUUGGGUUGCUCGGAACAUUCUUGCCCAUGUCCCUGCCACCAACAUCACUGCUAUCGCCGUUGGUUCUGAAGUCCUCACCACUCUCCCUAAUGCUGCUCCCAUCCUCGUCUCAGCCAUGAAUUUCAUCCACUCUGCUCUUGUGGCAGCGAAUCUUGACUCCCAGAUUAAAGUCUCCACUCCGCACUCGGCUUCUAUCAUUCUGGAUUCUUUUCCGCCUUCCCAAGCUUUCUUCAACCGUACAUGGGAUCCUGUCAUGGUGCCCUUGCUCAAGUUUCUGCAGUCGACGGGUUCGUAUCUAAUGCUGAAUGUUUACCCUUACUAUGACUAUGUGAAGGCAGAUGGAGCAAUUGCAUUGGAUUAUGCUUUGUUUCGCCCACUUCUUCCGACAAAAGAAGCUGUCGAUCGGAACACGCUCCUCCACUACACCAAUGUUUUUGAUGCUGUCGUCGAUGCUGCGUACAACGCCAUGUCGGAUCUGAACUUCACUAAUAUCCCUGUUGUAGUGGCAGAAUCCGGAUGGCCUUCCAAGGGUGAUUCGUCCGAGCCGGAAGCCACUCUGGAAAAUGCCAACACGUACAACAGCAACCUGAUAAGGCAUGUUCUGAACAACACAGGGACUCCAAAACAUCCAGGGAUUGCAGUGAGUACAUACAUUUAUGAACUGUACAAUGAAGAUCUUCGGCCUGGCUCUGUUUCGGAGAAGAAUUGGGGGCUUUUUGAUGCUAAUGGCGUGCCAGUUUAUAUUCUACACUUGACGGGAUCUGGGACUGUGUUGGCGAAUGAUACUGCAAACCAAACUUACUGUGUUGCUAAGGAUGGAGCCGACAAGAAGAUGCUGCAGGCUGCCCUGGAUUGGGCUUGUGGGCCGGGGAAAGUCGAUUGUUCCGCCAUGUUGCAGGGGCAGCCGUGCUAUGAACCGGACACAGUCGCAGCUCACUCGUCGUAUGCCUUUGAUGCUUAUUAUCACCGUAUGGAUAUGGCAGACGGAACCUGUAACUUCAAUGGCGUAGCCACUGUCACAACAACCGAUCCAAGUCGAGGUUCUUGCAUCUUUCCCGGAAGUGGUGGGAGGAAUGGCACGAUUACGAACGGGACUUCUCUCGCGCCUUCGACCAACUCAUCCGUAUCCGGUAGCCCCUUGAAAUUACUACACAGGGGAGAUCUUUAUCCUUGUUUUAUGCUACUUGGCCUUGUCCUCUGGACUGGCGUAGUCUGAGUGAAUCAAUUGGUAGGAACGGAUGCUCGAAUUUCUGAGACAAUCCCCAAUUUUGUUCCCGGUAAGGAAGGCUGAGAAUGGGGAGCGGUCGUGUAAUAUGUAGUAGUUUAGGAACGUAGAUUGAGGUGAGGAUUAUGAUGAUGGUGAUGGUGAUGACGAUGACGAUGGGCUGAUGAAGAUUCAUUCAUUCGUAUUGUUGUUGUACUGUUAACUGUAGAAUCGAAACAUCAAUUGCAAUUUCAAUAUGAUUCCAUUUCAGCACCAAA